UGCGCAGCUUGUGCCAUUGAGUUGGGCGAUUGUGAUUGAUGAUGGUGUUGCUAGCAGCUGCCAUCUGUACCCGAGCUGGAAAACCACUCAUAUCUCGGCAGUUUGUUGAGAUGAGUCGGUCUCGUAUAGAAGGCUUACUUGCAGCGUUUCCUAAGCUAGUUGGUAGUGGGAAACAAGUGCAGCACACAUUUGUAGAGACAGAGAGCGUUAGAUAUGUUUACCAGCCUCUAGACAAGAUGUAUAUGGUGCUUAUUACGACCAAGGCGUCGAAUAUAUUGGAGGACUUGGAAACAUUGCGGCUUUUUAGCAGAGUGGUCCCUGAAUAUUGUUCGUCACUGGAAGAGAGUGAAGUUUGCCAAAAUGCUUUUGAGUUGAUUUUUGCAUUUGAUGAAGUAAUUGCUCUGGGAUAUCGAGAGAACGUUAAUCUGGCACAGAUUAGAACUUACACUGAAAUGGAUUCUCAUGAAGAGAAGAUGUUCAUGGCUGUUAGACAGACUCAAAUGGAAGAGGCAAAGGCAAUAAUGAAACAGAGAGCUAAAGAACUAAACCAGAUCAAGAAGGAUGCACAACGUAGUGGAAAAACUAAAGGGUUUGCAGGUGGUAUUGGCUCAGGAGAUGUUUCAAGUCACAUGAUAGAAGAGUCAAGACUUCCUAUUUCAACAACAUCAGUAGAUUUGUUUGAGUCAUCACGUUCAUCGUUGCCUUCUACAAAUAAGCCUACACUAAGCAAAGCUCUGAGGCUUGGCAGUAAAUCCAAAGAUGUCGACUCUUUUGUUGCACAACUGAGAUCGGAAGGAACUGAUGUGACAACCUCAUUACAGCUGCAUACUGCCAGAGGAGCAGCCCCUUUGCCAACUAGUACAGUUCACACAGAAAGGUCAGUAAGAGUUUUGUAA